AUGAAGCUAAACCAGGUAGUUUGGGCAAAAAUUGAACAGACGUAUGCUGAAAGCUUAACCAAGUUGGCAGCCAAGGCACAGAAAACGUCAAAGGAUGCUUUGGGGACUCUCAAAUCUUCAUGGGAAAGUGCCCUCUUGGAAUUGGAAAAUGAAGCAGAAAUACACAGAACAUUGGGAAAUCAACUACAUGAUGAGGUUUCAAAACAGGUCAAGGCAUUUGUGGAAACACAGUCAAAAGCAAGGAAAACGGUGGAGUCCCUGGUAGAUAAAGCUUACAAGAAUUUUAUUGAUAAACUAAAUGAUGCAUUGAAGGCUAAGCGUGCUGCACAUACCAAGACAAGGGAAGCUGAAAAUAUGUUUGAGCAGGUUGAAGAAGCUCGAAAUGGAAAAAGUGGUAAAGUCAUGUCAGAAAAAGAAAUUUCAAAGAUGGAUGUGAAAUGUAAGAAAAUGACCGACUCUUCUUUGAAAGCAGAUAAGGAUUAUCGUGAUAUGUAUGAAAAGACUGAGAAGGCACGACUGGAGUGGGAGGCUGCUAUGCUGAAGUUUUGCCAGACUUGUGAAAGGUUAGAAGAGGAAAGAAGAACACAUUUAAGAGAGAUGUGCUCAUUAUAUAGUAACAUGUUGGCUGCUGUGAUACCUCAACUGCAGCAAAAUUAUGAGACUGUCAGCUCAGAGGUGUGGAAAAUCAAUUCAUCUGAAGAUGUUGUCACAAUAGCUCAAACAAGAGGAGAACCACGGGGUCCUUCCCAGCAGAUCCUCUAUGACUGUUAUGAGGAAGAUUUGGAGAACACCAUGAGUUAUGACAGAAGGAAAGAAGGGUUAGAGACAAAGAUUCAGCUGCUGUCAGAAUCAUUGGAGAAACAAAAAAAGACAAGAGAUGGGAUAACUUCUCUGUACGAGGCAUACUCUGCAACUCCUGAUUACUGUAAUGAAGAAGGCCAACAAGAUGUCGCCACACAACUGAUACAUGCAAAUGCUUUAAUAAAUAGUUUUACAGCAAGCGUCAGUAAAGUGCAAGGUGCCCUGGCACAGUUGAAUGGUCACAGUGCUCCAGAAGUUUGGCUAAUGCCUUACAUAUCAAGCACUAGGGAUAAACAGGGUUUACUACAGAGUUCACUUCAUAUUCCACUUGAUCAAGCAACAAGAUCAGAGUCUGUCACACAGGAUGAUGGAGACAAUAGAAGUGAUGACGAGUUUGAUGACAUUCCAGAAUCAACUGGAAUAUGCAGGUGCCGUGCACUGUAUGAAUACAAGGCAACUCAAAGUGAUGAACUUGAUAUAUUACCUGGAGAUAUUAUCACACUAACAGUUAAAAUGGAAGAUGGAUGGUGGCAAGGAGAACUUCAUAAUAAAACCGGCAUAUUUCCUGCUAGUUACGUGGAGGAGAUUGGAUGACCAGACAUUUUAUACUAAGGGACAACUUAUAGCAAAUUUCUGGUUUUUGCUGGUUAAAAAUGAUUUGUCUUUUUGAGAUAUGGAGCUUUAGGUGAAUGUCCCAACUGCUGUUUACCAGUGCCAGGGUUUAGGUCCAGAGAUCAAUGUUAUUUAGUGCAGCACCAGGGGUGUCUUUUAUUGUUUUUAUGGCAGAUUUUAUACCAUUCACAUUCAAAUAUUUGCAGGUUCAAAACUGGAGACAACAUAUGUUAGUGAUGGUCUAAGCCCAGUGAGAAACAAGAAAAUUAAAUAAAUAAAGGCACGGCUUUGUUCAUACUUAAAACUGUUGAAAGUAGCUCUUGGAGAAAAAAAAACCUUUCUACGCGAUGAAUGCCUAUUAAAAAGCUUAAGUUAUGUUUUAUGAUUUAAAGUUCUAGAGGCCUCACCAAUAGUUUGAUGAUUCAUCAUCCAAUUUUAAGAAUGGAGGCAUUCUUGUGGGAUGAUAAUUUAUUGCUGAUAGCAAUUUAUUAAUCCAGUUAAAUGCUUAAUUAAUAUAUGCUUAUUAAGGACUGGUGUCUACAAUUCCUGAAGUAUAAAAAAGCUUUAUUGUAAUAAACCUUUUGUUGAAUUUUAAUUUUUAACCUGAUAAGAAAUAUAUUAUGUUGUCCAAUCAUGUGGUUGAAAGAUUUCAUGUACAGGGAAACAUUGAUUAAAUUAAAAUCAUGAUUGAGUUGUUAUGAACCAUAACCAAACUCAAUAACUUCUUCUUUGAACAUUGAGGAAAUAAACAUCAAAGUUAAUUUGUUUCUAA